UUUAUUCGUGCACUAUAGCUCUUCCAUGAAGAGUAACUCGGCUUUAAAAACGCGACAUUUUCAUUCGUAUGUGAGCCGUUGGUUAACGUAGAUGUUGCAUCUCCGCCGCCCAAUUGAAUAACGCCGACGGACAUCGGUGCAAAGGGGAAGGUAAACUAGAAAAGAAGAGAAAAGGAAUGGGCGUUUUCGAAGAAAAAUCCGUGCAAACAAGUGCAGCUUAGUGUCACUUGAUGUAAUGUCGUCUCGGGUUGAUGUUCGAUUGUGCUUGAUUUAAUCUCUUGUGUUUCGUUUCGCCAAGGAGGAAACUCUCAAAAACUACUUGGGUAAAGGAGAGUAGGAAAUUCAACAGCUGUGCCGAGUGCAAUUAAUAGUGUGUUUUACUUCAUUAUCUACUAAGUAAUGUCGGAGAAAAAGAGUGUGCUUCUGGAGGCAAGUACGAAAAUGGCCAGUUUGUCAGAUUCAGAUGUUUCUUCUUCGAUAUCGGUGAAUGUUCCAUCAGACGUUCAGGUAACAGCGCUAUCUGACGGAUUGUAUCAUAUCAAAUGGGUAUUCGACAUCAGCUCAAUUGAAAACGCAAGAGGAAGCCAAGAGACGACGUUUAGACUCGACCAAUAUUCCUCAGCUUUCUACAAGCUCACCUUGAAGUACUACAAGCAAGAUCCUGAGCCUGAUCAAUGUGAGUGCUCACCCGAUACUCAGUUCAUGAUGAAUCUCAAGCUGAAGCGUGAAGCAUGCCCAACAUCACAGGGGUUAAUUUCGAUGGAUGGUAGGGACCAAUCAGCUGCUGUAUGGGCUCGGGUCGGUAGAUGUCAGAAAAUCAUUUUGGACCAGUUACCUUACAUUGUAUGGAAGUCCGAAACGUUCCCCGUCAUUCCAGAUUGGGAUGCAACUGAAAUUCCUUGCCAAUUUUGGAUCAAGUUUUAUCAAAGUGUUGGAGAGAUUAACGCUCAUAGGCAAUUCACGAACUUGUACGUCAAUCAAUUAAACUGUGACGUUACGUUCAGUUUCGAUGAGAUCAAUGAAGACGAGCCGAUCGGUGGUCAUGUCUUCCUUUUGUCGGCCAGGAGCUCCAUCUUCGCUGCCAUGUUCCACGGCGAAAUGCAAGAAACGAGUACAAGAAAAGUUUGCAUCAAAGACAUCAAACCGGAUAUUUUCAAACAAUUGCUCCAUUACAUUUACUCUGGUCGAACAUCGACAAAGUUGUCAGAGGAAAACGCCCAGCCUUUGUUUGUUGCGGCCGAUAUGUACGACAUUGAGGACCUGAAAGACGAGUGUGUUCAGUUCUUGUUAACUUGCAUCAAAUUGGAGAACGCUAUUAAUCUAAUGGCGUGGGCGCACGUCCAUGCAGUCGAUUCCCUUAAAGAAGCAGCACUCGCUUUCGUGGCAUCACAUGGAAAAGAAAUAUGCAAACAAGAUGAUUGGGAGAGGCUGAUCAAGAAUUAUCCAGAUCUUUGUUUGUUAGCCACUCGAAGCAUGUGGAAAUAACACUCUCUGUCGGGCAGAGUAUCUAUAUGUUGACAAUUAAAUCAAUUUCUAAAUUGGGAUGUUAUGUCAUCAAGAUGGAGAAAAAACUGAAAUCUGUUUAAUAAAAAAUCUGAUUUGGUGCUGCAA